AUGUCGGGAUGUUUAAAGGAUGUGGUAGAGAUUGCUGUGAAAAGAUUAGCGAAAAGGUCACAUCAAGGCGUGAAAGAGUUUAAGAGUGAAGUUUCGUUAAUUGCCAAACCUCAACAUAGAAAUUUGGUGAGGUUGUUAGGAUGUUGUGUUGAACAUCAUGAGAAGGUUCUCGUAUAUGAAUACUUACCGAAUAAAGGCUUGGACUCAUUCAUUUUCGACGGAGAGAAAUGUUCUCAACUAAAUUGGGAGAAACGGUAUAACAUCAUUUUGGGAAUUGCAAAGGGAAUGGUUUAUCUUCACCAAGAUUCUCGAUUGAGGAUAAUUAAUAGGGACUUGAAAACUAGCAAUGUUUUGUUAGAUAAUGAGUUGAAUCCUAAAAUCUCGGAUUUUGGAAUGCCAAGAAUUUUUAAAGGCAAUCAAAUUGAAGCAAAUACAUAUAGGGUAGUUGGAACAAUUGUUUAUAUGUCUCCAGAAUAUUCUAUGGAAGGACUAUAUUCAAUAAAAUCCGAUGUCUUCAGCUUUGGUGUCAUAUUGCUUCGGAUUAUAAAUAGGAGGAAAAAUACCAGUUACCAUCAAGAGAAAACGAUUAACUUGAUCAGCGAUGUUACAAAGGAAAACAAUACAUUUGACUUCAACGACUUACUAGACGGAUCAGAAGAAGUUUCAUUAGUCAUUGCCAUCCUACUUAUGGUUUUCUGGUUCAUAAUGGUUAAAAGGAGAGAAGAGAGAAAGAUAAAGGAACGGCAAAUACUUCUUACUCCAGCUAACGGUUCAUCAAUCCAACCUUCCACAACAGGAAAGCAGCCUUUAGAGGAUUUCUCAUUUUUCAAACUUAGUACCAUUGUGGCAGCCACAAACAAUUUUUCCGUUUCUAACAAACUCGGACAAGGCGGUUUUGGCACUGUUUAUAAGGGGCGAUUGAGGAAUGGAAUAGAUAUUGCGGUUAAAAGACUAGCAAAAAAUUCCGAUCAAGGUUUCGAAGAAUUUAAGAAUGAAGUUUCUUUAAUAGUGAAACUUCAACAUAGAAAUUUAGUUAGGCUUUUAGGAUGUUGUUUUCAACCGCAUGAGAAGAUGCUUAUAUAUGAAUACUUGCCAAAUAAGGGAUUGGACUCAUUCAUUUUUGAUCAAGAUAAAUGUUAUAUACUUAAUUGGGAGAAGCGAUUUAACAUCAUUUUGGGAAUAGCAAGAGGAAUGAUAUACCUUCACCAAGACUCUCGACUCAAAAUCAUCCAUAGAGAUUUAAAAGCCAGCAAUAUUUUAUUGGAUGAUGGAUUGAAUCCUAAAAUCUCCGAUUUUGGAACGGCUAGAAUUUUUGGAGGUGAUCAAAUGGAAGCCAAUACAAAAAGGGUAGUUGGAACAUAUGGUUAUAUGUCUCCAGAAUAUGCCAUGGAAGGACUAUAUUCAAUAAAAUCUGAUGUCUUCAGCUUUGGUGUCAUAUUGCUUGAGAUUAUAAAUGGGAGAAAAAAUACCAGUUACCAUCAAGAGAACACGAUAAAUUUGAUAGGACAUGCUUGGGCAUUAUGGAACAAAGGUAAAGUCUUUGAUAUAAUUGACUCAAGGAUGGGAGAUUUAUGGCCAAACCAAGAAGUUUUGAAAUGCAUUCACAUAGGACUUCUAUGUGUGCAAGAACAUGCUAUGGACAGACCAACUAUGUCUGAAGUUGUUUUCAUGUUAUGCAAAGAUAUGUCUUUACCUUCUCCAAAGCAGCCCGCGUUUAUCUUCAACGGACAAGACAUGCAUGCAUCGGAUUCAUUGACGAACAUUAAAGUGAACUCCAUAAACAGCCUUAAUUAG